GUUUGUAAAAAAAAUGUGAAAAAAAUGGAUUAUUAAAAGAUAAGUACAACCUUUCUUCAAUCAAAGCUUUUUUAGGGCUUGUUUGUUUUUCUGCAUUCAAGCUUUCAACCCAUAUUAUGCUUAUUUCCCGAGAAAAUAAGGAAAAGAAAAUCUAGGCGUUCCUUUUUUCCUUUUAUUACUUCCAACCUUUACACUUUAAAGCUUAGCCACUUUCUCUCUCAGCUGUCGAAGCUUCUUAAGAUUCUUUCUCUACAGCUUCAACUCGGCAGUCUUGUGACUAUUGUUCUGAUUUUGAGCAAGUUCAUAUUCCUUGAAAACUUGCACCAACUACAUAAGCCUCUUAAUUAUCAUUCGGAAAUUUCUUUUUUUUUUUUUCCUUUCUCUUUAAAAUCGACUGCUUAAUUAUACCUUGCAACCCCUUUGAAUCUUUUUAUCUCGUGACACGGGUUUCAAUUGAGAUACAUAUCUGAAAAUCCUUGUGGCCAUCAUUUUUGUUUCCUCCUUUCAAUAUGUGUGUACUUCUACCCUUGAAUUCUUCUGGCCUCUGUGCCUUCUUCAGAAUUGCCUUGCAAGCUUGUUUAAAUAGAUACAUAAGAUGCUGAGGCCAAAGGGACCAAAUGAGCCUGAACAGCCUGCUGAAUCUGAUGAGAGGAUCAAUCUUGAUGAAGAAGAUAACGAUCCCGAGGAGACUAUGGAAGAAGAGGUGGAGUAUGAAGAAGUGGAGGUAGAAGAAGAAGAGGAAGAAGAAGAAGAGGAGGAGGAGGAGGAGGAAGAAGAAAUAGAAGAGGAAGAUCAAGAUGUCGAAAAUGCUAAUGGGGAUGAUGAUGCUGAAGGUGAGGAUGAAAAGAAGAAACGUGCCGAGCUUCUUGCUCGUCCUCCUCAUGGUUCCGAAGUAUAUAUUGGAGGCAUACCACAUGAUGUUUCUCAAGAGGAUUUGAAGGAUUUUUGUGAAUCUGUUGGAGAGGUUACUGAGGUUCGGAUUAUGAAAGGUAAAGAUACAAGUGAAAACAAGGGCUUUGCUUUUGUGACCUUUAGAAGUGUAGAAUUGGCGUCUAAAGCCAUUGAUGAGCUAAAUAAUUCCGAAUUUAAGGGUAGAAAAAUUAGAUGUUCUACAUCCCAAUCAAAACAUCGGUUGUUUAUUGGUAAUAUUCCGAGAAACUGGGGGGAGGAAGACUUGAGGAAGGUUGUGUCAGAGGUUGGUCUUGGAGUUACAGGUUUGGAAUUAGUGAAGGAUAUGAAGAACUCAAGUAGUAACAGGGGUUUUGCCUUUGUUGAGUAUUAUAACAAUGCAUGUGCCGAGUAUUCAAGGCAGAAGAUGAUGAGCCCGGAAUUCAGGCUUGGUGAUAAUGCUCCAAGUGUGAGCUGGGCUGAUCCUAAGAAUGCUGAUUCUCCUGCUGCUUCUCAGGUAAAGGCCGUGUAUGUGAAGAAUUUGCCAAAGGACGUAACACAAGAUCAGCUAAAGAAGCUAUUUGAACAUCAUGGAAAGAUAACUAAAGUGGUUCUGCCUCCCGCAAAACCCGGACAAGAGAGAAAUAGAAUUGGUUUUGUUCAUUUUGCAGAGAGAUCUUGUGCCAUGAAAGCACUCAAGAGCUCAGAAAAAUAUGAAUUGGAUGGACAAGUUGUAGAGUGUUCUCUUGCAAAGCCACAAACUGAUCAAAAGACCUCAGGGGGUUCAAGUUCUCAGAAUUCUGGUUUUCUUCCUAGUUAUCCACCUCAGGUCGGGUAUGGUCCCGUUGGGGGUGCCUAUGGUGCUCUAGGUCCAGGAUACGGUGUUGCAGGCCUUCCACAGCCUGUAAUCUAUGGAAGAGGACCAACACCUACUGGCAUGUCAAUGAUGCCGAUGCUUUUACCCGAUGGCCGGGUUGGAUAUGUUCUGCAACAACCGGGAUCGCAACUACAAAGCCCGCCGAUACAUCAAAGUAGUAAUCGAGGUGGUGGCAAGAGCGGUAGCAGUUCAAGCAGUAGGGGAAAGCACGGUAGCAACGACAACAGUAACAGGCGGUAUCGGCCGUAUUGAUUUGCUUAUAUUAGAAUAUGGAUUAUAUAAUUGGUGAGAUGGAAUGUUUAUUUAAUCAAAAUUCCUUUGCAAUCUCCACAAAUAGUUAGCUUUUAAGCUAUUAAAAAAAAAAAAAACCUAACUGCUUAGUUUUUUAAGAUUGUGUGAUUGGGAUUUUUUUCCGUUUUGUAGGAAAAUGAUUGUGCAUGAAAUCAUCUAAGUUGAAACGUUGAAUCUA